CGGAGUUGGUGUUUCAGAAAACUGCGUAAGGAAAAGGCUUUUUAGAAGGAUCAUGAUGACUUCUCCCAUUUCAGACUGAAAAGUUUGGAGUAACAAGCUUUUAAUCUGUUGGUUCAUGAAUGCGAGCCGAUUUAGAGAUUCUUCCCUGAUCUGCCCUCUGAUCUCUCUGGGUUCCUUCCUGUGGGUGACUGAUAAUAAACUUCACAUAUGUCAGAUAAUGGUAACUCCUGAUUAGAUGACACAAACACACACCGGGAUUAACUAAUCUCAGAGAAUAAACUCCCACGCUGACUCGUCGCUGCUUUUGUGAAACUCAUUCAAGGAUUAUUUAAUCCAGGAUUAAUCCUCCAAUCAGGUUGGUGGGCAGUUUGUCCUUAAAAAUGUUGAGAAAAUGACAAAUAGAGGGCAAAAACCCCAAUACGGUCACUAAUGUUGUGUCGUUUAAAACGGGAACAAAAAUCCAGCAGAACCUGAUGGAGAACCCGAAGAACGCAGCUGACGGGUUUCUAUUCUCAAGUGAAGCGCGAUAACGCACAUGUUGUAUUUUAUCUUUGUGAUUGACUGUGUUGUCUAUUUUCACCAGAUUAGUUUGAAUGCAAAUAUAAAUAUAUGUUUACUGUUGAUUAAAUUAACAAAAUCCUUAUUCUAUUAUAGCCUUUUGAGAGACAGAAUUCAACCGACGUGGCUGAAAAGUGAAGAAUUGCAGCCAGAAUUUCAGCAAUUACGAGAAACAUCUUACUUUUUACUAUUCUUCACAUUUAUCUCCAGAAAUUAAAAUAAUACUUGCCAAAUUUUGACAAUAAAGUUUCUUGUUUAAAACGUUUUUCAUAUUUUCUAAGUAUGAAUAAAUUGUGUGUGUGUGUGACGGGGUCUGUGGUCCCUAGCCCAGAGGGAUGCUGAGGUCCUGCAGUACCCACGCUGGCCGCUAGAGAGCGAAAAAGAGCAGAACGGAUGAGAGCCAUCGAGCCCCGGGCGUCCGGUAGGAGGGACCGUGAUGCUGGUUUUUUUCGGGCUUUUCUGCUUGGCAGAGUAAACCACGCUGUCCUGAGUCACUUCUUCAGACCCACGGUGGAUUCCUCGUGGCUGAGCCCAGCCUGAGCAUCUGACCGAGGCGGACGGAAGGAGGCAGUUUCGCGUCCCCAGAAGAGAGGAAGAGGACGAAGAAGAAGAGCUAACAGCUCCGCGAUGUCGGCGGUGAAGAAGAGAAUUUCCAACUCCUCGGCGGCCAGGGAGGACGACAAGCAGGUGACGGAGAAGAUGCUGUCCGCGGGCUACAGCCCGGCUGCCACCCCGGGAAGCGAAGCCAAGAGUCCGUGUAACCUGAUCCCUUCGGAGGAGGGGGAGCAGGACGGGGUCGCGCUGAAGAGGACCAUCACUCUGGUGAACGGCGUGGCCAUCAUCGUGGGCACCAUCAUCGGCUCGGGCAUCUUUGUCACGCCGACCGGUGUGGUGAAGGAGGCGGGCUCGGUGGGUCUGUCCCUGAUCGUGUGGGCGGUGUGCGGGGUCUUCUCCACAGUGGGAGCCCUCUGCUACGCGGAGCUGGGGACCACCAUCAGUAAGUCCGGGGGGGACUAUGCCUACAUCCUGGAGGUGUACGGCUCCCUGCCGGCGUUCCUCAAACUCUGGAUCGAGCUGCUCAUCAUCCGGCCCUCCUCUCAGUACAUCGUCGCCUACGUGUUCGCCACCUACCUCCUCAAGCCGCUGUUCCCGGUGUGCCCGGUACCGGAGACCGGGGCUAAGCUCAUAGCAUGCCUUUGCAUCCUCUUCCUGACGUUUGUCAACUGCUACAGCGUGAAGGCGGCCACCAGAGUGCAGGACUUCUUUGCUGCCGCCAAGCUUCUGGCCCUUGCACUCAUCAUCAUCAUCGGCUUCGUCAAGAUCGGCCUAGGUGAAACUGAUGAACUCCUUCCAGAAAAUUCCUUUAAGAACUCCAAAUAUGAGUUUGGCAGCAUCGGCCUGGCGCUCUACAGCGGUCUGUUUGCCUACGGCGGCUGGAACUACUUGAACUUUGUGACAGAGGAGAUGAUCGAGCCGUACAAGAACCUUCCUCGAGCCAUCAUCAUCUCCCUGCCCAUCGUUACCGCCGUUUACGUCCUCACCAACCUGGCGUAUUUCACCACGCUGUCCCCCGCCCAGAUGCUCAGCUCUGAGGCCGUUGCCGUGGACUUUGGAAACUGCCACCUGGGCCCCAUGGCCUGGAUCAUCCCCGUGUUUGUGGGUCUGUCGUGCUUCGGGUCCGUUAACGGCUCUCUCUUCACCUCGUCCAGGUUGUUUUUUGUGGGGUCACGGGAAGGUCACCUGCCCAGCCUGCUGUCGAUGAUCCACCCCAGUCUGCUCACCCCGCUCCCCUCGCUUAUAUUCACAUGUCUGAUGACGCUGCUCUACGCCUUCUCCAAUGACAUCUUCUCCGUCAUUAACUUCUUCAGCUUCUUCAACUGGCUUUGCAUCGCCAUGGCGAUCGUUGGAAUGAUGUGGCUCCGAUACAAGAAGCCUGAUCUGGAGAGACCCAUUAAAGUGAACAUCCUGCUGCCGAUCAGCUUCGUGCUCGCGUGCCUCUUCCUCAUCGUCGUCUCCAUCUGGAAAACACCGGUAGAAUGCGCCAUCGGCUUCGGCAUCAUUGCCACAGGAGUUCCUGUCUACUUUAUCGGCGUUUGGUGGCAAAACAAACCCAAGUGGAUGAUGAACGGAAUCUUCUCGACGACGGCCUGGUGUCAGAAGGUCAUGGAGGUCGUUCCUCAGGAGUCCUAAAAAACCCUCAACCUGUUUACUUCAGCCAGUGGCCAAUCAAAGCGCUCCCCUCAGCGACCUCCAAGCUCUGAGAUCCCAUCGAAUGAAGCACACACACACACACACACACACACACACACACACACACACGCACGCACGCACAGAGCACGCACGCACGCACACACACACACACACACACACACACACACACACACACACCAACACACACACACACUCCCUACAGGUUCUGGAGCUGAUGAAGUUAUUGGAAGCUGUUUUUCAUCUUUAACUUCUUAGGAGCUUUUAUUUUGAAAUAUUUUUAGUCACGUAUGUUUGUUUUGUCUUUUUAAAACUCGUUUAUUUCCUUGUUUUCCUGUUUUCAGCCAGCUUUGCUCGUGAAAAAGCUGUGGCUGUCUGAGGGUUUAAUCCUUUGGUCGUUACCCGUGUUUUGCUGCCCGUCGUCUCUGCGACCUCGAUGGUCUGAUUGCCGACGGAUUUAAGUGUCGUGCGUGGGCAUGCUGCUGCGUUCUGUUCGUGCAGGUCUGUAAAUGCAGCUGAUUUUGUAUUUUUUAUAUUUCUGAUCGCCGGAAAAGUUUUUCGUCAGAAAAACUCUGAAGUUUUUUGAAGUAUUUCCCUUUUGGGAUCAGAUUGAGGUCAAACUGACAGACGAGCAGAAACCCGUCACUGGAAAGGUUUUUAUCUGGACCUGCUGAGCCCAGAUCCCAGAGUUCUCACUCCGUCCAUCAUUUCAGAACGUAAGAGCAGAACAGAGAUGGCGGUCGGGGCGCGGCUCUGGGACGUUUUUGUGGUUUUACACUGAAAUCUGUCGAGGUGUCUCUCAGUUUUAUGCUUUUUUAGUGAGGAGAUGUUUCAGGGAUCCUCGAGGCCCUCGCUCACCAACUCUGAUUAAAUUAUUGCACAUUUAAAACUAAUAGAGCAAAAGUCACCUUUUCUAAGUUUGCUUGGACGAGCCGUUAUUGGUAUAAUUUCAAACAGCAGCUUUAUCAAAGUCGUUAUUUGAACAUCGUCGUUUUUAUUUAAUUUUUUUAAAAGCUUGAAAACAUUAAUAAUCUAAUUUUAUAUAAUGUUCUUGUGUUUUCCAUUAAAACAUUCCUUUUAUUUCAUAUUAGAACUGUGAGAUUUGCAUUUUUCUGUUUCUAAGAAAGCUUUAAGACGUGGCUGCAGGGCGGAUCAAAGCCAGUCCACUUCCUGGCUCAUCCCUUGAGUUAGGAACCUUUUUCCUGCCGGAAUGAUUCAGAGGUCAGAGCGAACUGAAAAUCUAUAUUUCUCUGAAAACUUCCAGAAACUGGGUAAAAAUUCAGCCAGGAUCUAAACAACACCUCAGAAAGAUCUCGAGAACGUCUGGAGAAUGUAUCGAGAACGUCCGGGGAACGUCUGCAGAGCUGCUGAUCCUUCUGAUCAAGUCAAAAACAAAGUCAUUUACUGUAUUCCCGCACCGUGCACUUUAUGAAAGACAACAAUAAGUAAAGAAUAAAGGAUCCAUUGAUUUGACUAAAAACCUCCUGAGAAACACGUGCAGGAACCAGGAUCUGCAUUAGACCCCAAAUGAUUGAGAUCCAGUUUAUUUGUAAUUUAGGGAAUUUCCCCUAAAAAGCUUCGGACCGAUGGGAACGACUUCCUGUGCCCAAAGUUUUAUAAAUGACAGAGUUGGUGUUCGAAGGCCUUGAUCGCGGUGGAAAGCUGGUGUAGUUCCUCCCGUCUCUCCUUCCAGAGGGUUCGGGUAAGAUGACGAAUAUCCACAGAUUUCUGAAUGGGAAUCCUGGGAAUGGAGAGAUGGGAGGAGGAGCAACGGGAGCAGAAAGACAUUUUGUGUGUGGAUGAUGAGUGAAGGGUGAACUGCUAGUUUUCAGUCCUUUUUACUUCACACCGAACGAUUUGUAUAGCUGUUAUUAUUAAUAAAGUUAUUUUGACGAACACCGAGGCCCUCCGGAGAAACGGACCAACCCUCGGGGUUCCGGUUAGUUCUAGAGGUAGAACUUGUCUAACGUGAGCCAAUGGAAAACUAACCCGGAUGAAACUAGAAAGUUUAUUUAUUUUUUUGUAGGAAACUUUAUUGUUAUUAAACCCUCUCGUUUGUUUGCAGGGCAUUUUAUGGAAAGUGCUUUACAAUAAAUCAAGUUUUUUUUUCA